UUACCAUCUAGAUGUGGUGUUCUGUGAUCAGAAGUCCGUGUAUGCUUUGUGAUCAGAUCAUCAGAUGUGUCAUUUGUCAUAUAUAUUACUUCACCUUGCGGCUUGCGGUUCUCCUCUCCUGGUAUUUUCUAAAAUUUGAAAAUAAUGGGAGCCUUCUUUAUUUCAUAAUCCAAAAACAUAAUUUUCUGAGUAUCUAUUUCACUUUUGGAGGAAAUGGUUCUGCUGCACAUAGGCAGAUUAAUCAGAAGGCAAAUCUGUACAAGUGCCAGAUUGUAUAAACCGGGAGCUUAUGAGGGCGAAGGAAAAACAACCCUUCAUAUUCUAAAUAGAGAAGAUGAAUUGGGGCUGAUGAUAGACGGCUACAGUCAGGUGGGAUUCCGUUUAAAUAAUGAUAUGACUGUGUUAGGAUCUAUGGUCAUUUUUCCUAGGUCUGUCUUAUCAUGGGCUGUAGAUGAUGUAUCAGAAAUCAAUGAAGAAUCACUUUGUUUGUUUUCAAUCUUGGAACCAAAAGUAGAUAUUUUAGUUAUAGGGAUAGGUGAUAAGAUAGAAAACAAUGAUUUCUACCGCAGGUUGUUACCAUUUUCUAGGAAAUUUAGAAUUUCCUUUGAGAUUUUACCCACAGUGCAAGCAUGCUCUACUUUCAACUUUUUGAAUUCUGAAGGAAGAAAUGUAGUUGGGGCUAUGAUCCCACCAAAGGAUAUCAAGCCAACAGAUGAUGAUCAUGUAAAUACUAAACUUAGAUAUGAAAACUUGUAUGAAACAGAAGACUUUAUUUUGAAAGUGUGAUAUUGAAUUGAUAAGUAGUUAAUAGAAUACAGAAAAUGUAUGAAAUAUGGCUAUGUUUUGUGAAUCUACAUUAUUACAUUUUAACUUCUUUUACAUGUUUAUUGUUGACAUAUUGUGUUAAUUAAAGAUAUUUGCAGUAA